AUGAGUCAACAAUCAGGUGUUGGGCUAAAUGUACUGUACAUUUAUGUCCAACUAUUAGGAGAACCCAAAGCACCGGGAGUUACACUAACUCUCGGUGCAUAUACAGCAUUGGGGGCCAAUUUGGACGAAAUAACGAGCCUCCCGGGGCUCUCGCAACCCAUUAAAUUCAAGCAAUACUCGGGUUAUUUGAAUGCAUCCAAAGGUAGGCAUCAUUUCUAUUGGUUCGUCGAGAGCGAGACGGACCCCGAGAACGCACCGGUAGUCCUAUGGCUGACGGGUGGGCCCGGCUGUAGCUCCCUAUUCGCUAUGAUGACAGAGAACGGGCCCUUCAGUGCCAAUGAGGACGGGGUGACACUCUCUAGUCGUGAACACGCGUGGAAUACAGUGGCGAAUAUGGUGUUCAUGGAGUCCCCGGUGUCGACCGGUUAUACAAUUAAUUAA